UUAAAACUUUUCUGUAGGCUACCAAGUUCGUGACGUUUUGUCUUCAGCUUCAUGUUUGGGGUGCAAGCAAGGAGGUUAUGCAGUAAGGUCCUUGAGUGCAAGAGUGCUUAGACAAAAAAAAAGCCAAUGUGGCAGUGCUACAAUUCGAACUCUUAUUAGGUCAAGAUCUAUAGGCCUAGCCGCUUAGUAUAAAAUACUAAAUUGAUUUGUACCCGUGGCGUUGAGAGAUUGGUCUGUCUUUUUCGUGUUCAAAAAUUGCUCAUGAGUGUGCACUGUCAGCAUUUAAAACACUGAUGAUAAAACUAAUCUGUGGUUGUUACCACGACCCAAGAAGAUCCGACCGGAGACUUCUUUUUAAAAGGGUAAAAGUGGGCCGUCUUCAAUCGGAAAACUCGACCUAACAUGACCUAUUUCAAAACAUGACCUUUAACUUUUAACCUUAUCAGCUGUCAGCAGCGACCCGGCGGCCAGUGAAGCCAAGUGUGUGUACACUGUGUUGUGUAGUGUGUAGGGUCAAACAAAAGUGAAGUAGCUUGGAAUGUUGGACCAGAAUUGGCCUGCUCAGCCUAGAUCUAGCCUAGAGAAGGAAGGAGAUAAAAGGGCAGAAGAGGGUAGAACCGCAACGCGAACUAUCACAAAGGUUGUACACAUUGCAUGACAGUGACUGGCACAGCAAGCACACGUAUCUCUGGUCCCUCGUUAUUAUGUGAAAGCAUGCCCCAUCAACUGAUAAGAUCACUCUAGGCCGAAGUCCCAACGUAGAAUAUAUGUCAUUAAGUAGUAUCAUACAGAACAGUGAAGAGCAGAGAACUGAACUUUUACCGGAGUAAGAACUACGAACGUCGUACGCAAUAGUCGUUUCGUGAGCUUCUCUAAAUUUCUGUGCCCAGCUGUAUCUCUGCUGCCGUUAAAAUGAGUGGGAGUACAGUUUUCAUUUCUAAAACAAUCCCCCUUCGUGGUCUUGAACGACUGAAGGAGAACUGCCAAGUGAAGCUACGGGAAGACGAGACCCCGAUACCACUGGAGGAAUACAAACGAUCAGUGGUUGGAAUGGAUGCGUUGUUCAUUCACCCGCCGGCACCGAUCAACAAAGAGAUUCUGGACUUGGCUGGUCCUCAACUCAAGGUAGUGGGCACGAUGUCUGUUGGCCUGGACCACGUUGACCUUGAGGAGUGCCGGCGUCGAGGGGUCAAGGUCGGCUACACACCGGAAGUGCUCACCAAGGCUGUGGCCGAAAUGACCGUGGGCCUCACUCUGGCUACUGCACGCCGCUAUGAAGAAGCAAUGCGGUCGGUUCACAACGGCGUCUGGGGCACCAGGUGGGAGAACGCCCUGUGGAUGGCCGGACAACAGAUCUCAGACUCAGUCGUCGGAAUCGUCGGGCUCGGCAGAAUCGGUCUGGCCGUGGCUCGAAGGCUGAAAGCUUUCGAACCUUCCCGAAUCCUCUACUGCGGGAACUCCCCUAAGCAAGGCGGGGUGGAUAUCGGGGCCGAGUUUGUCAGCUUUGAAGAACUGUUGUCCGCGUCAGAUUUUGUGAUUGCGACUUGCGCCAUCUCCGAGAAAACGAAGGGUCUCUUUAACGAGAGCGCUUUCAAACAAAUGAAAAAUAACGCCGUGUUCAUCAACGUCACACGGGGCGUGCUGGUGGAUCAAGAGGCGCUGUUUCAGGCGCUGACAACCAAUCAGAUUGCAGCGGCGGGGCUUGACGUCACGACGCCGGAGCCUCUCCCGACCAAUCACAAGCUCUUGUCGCUGCCCAACUGCACAGUAACGCCACAUCUCGGAAGCGCGACCUCUUCCACCCGUAACGCCAUGUGUGACCUGACGGUGGACAACAUUUUGGCGGGACUCAGGGGUCAGCAGCUGCCAUCUCCUGCCUGUUAGUUAAGUCCUUCAUAUAGUAGUGAAUAUAGAAUACAUUUAUUAUUCAGUUACCUAACAUAAAACAACAAUAAAUAACUUACAGUGAAAUACGCUUUAACAAAAAUCUAUAGGACUGCCGGAUUGUCUGUAGUUCAUCUGGGUUUGCGGUUAAACAAAGGUUGCUCAAAUUCAAAUGAAAAAGAAGAAAAAAUCGGGGAUUUGCUUUCUUUCCGUUCACUGCUGUUUUCUGUUUAACCGCGUUCCGUUUAAGCGGACUCCACUACAGCGUACUAUAGUCUCAUUGAGCGGCCCACCAUGUAUCAACGCACAUUCCCUGCAUCUGUGGUGUAGUUAUUGGGCUCUUCGCUGUUACACACAUAAGACUUGGGUUUGAUCCUCAAGAGGGG